GAUUAAUCUCUUGGUAACGAUCAUAUUUUAUCAUUCAAUUCAUUGCUAUUUAUUUGAGGGGCAAAUCACUCGGAGUUCACACUUUCAGGAGUGAAUCCAAAGCGAUAACUGAGCCGUUGUUUGGAGAAUACAAUCGCAGAGAUGAGGUUUGCUUUGCUUUGUUUGCCAUUAAUUGGGCUCAUCAUCACCAGUGAAGCCGCCCGGAAAGAUCGAUUUGAUCAGAAAUACCGAGUGGUGUGUUAUUGGGGAGCAUGGUCAUUCUAUAGGCCGGGGGAUGGGAAGUUUGAAGCGGAGAAUACGAACCCUAAUGUGUGCACUCAUCUGAUGUACGGAUUCUCUAAACUAAAUCCCGACAACACUAUCGGUCUCUUCGAUAAGGAUUUAGACACUGGAGAUACCGAUUGGCAAAGUGGUCUCGAGUGGGGACACGGAAUGUAUCGGCGAUGGAAUGACUUACGUAUGGUUAACCCACACGCGACUACUAUGAUAUCCAUUGGGGGGUGGAAUGAGGGGUCAGACAAGUACUCAAAUAUGGUCAGCAGUCCGGCUUCCAGGAAGACAUUUGUCGACUCUGUGGUCAAGUUCCUGCAGGUACAGAAUUUUGACGGUUUGGACCUCGACUGGUAUAUAAAGAAAAACAUUUCGGAGUACCCGGGUAUGCAAGCAGUGGGAGACGCCGACAGAAAGCCCGGCAAAGACACAGAUAAAGCCAAUUAUAUCGCACUCCUUAAGGAACUUCACGAGGCUUUCAAACCUCACGGCUUUGUAUUAUCGGCCGCUGUGUCCGCGGGAAAGCCCACUAUCGAUAGGGCCUAUGAUGUGAAAUCAAUGAGUACUUACUUGGAUUUCAUUAAUCUGAUGUCAUACGACUUCCACGGGGGCUGGGAGAAUAAGACAGGUCCGUCAUAUGCUCAUAACUCACCCCUUCAUCCCAGACAAGAAGAUGUGGAAUUAGACAAAGAGUUUACUAUUGAAUAUGCGGUCGACUAUUGGCUCAAACUAGGAGCUGAUGCCAAGAAACUUGUGUUGGGAAUGCCAUUAUACGGACGCACAUUCACUUUGGCUGAUCCUAAUCAACACGGAAUAGGUGCUAAGGCUGUUGGAAAGGGUGGUGCGGCCGGACCUAUCACUAGACUCAUCGGAACUCUAGGCUAUAAUGAAAUCUGUGGUAUGUUGAAGAGUGGCUAUAAGGUAUACAGGGAUGACGUCCAGAAGAUCCCGUAUGCCGUGAGUGGAGACCAAUGGAUUGGUUUCGAUGAUGUCCAGAGUAUCACAGAUAAAGUUAACUUUGUUAAGAGUAAGGGAUUGGGAGGAGGAAUGGUCUGGUCUAUUGAUACGGAUGACUUCAGAGGUUUGUGCGGACAGGGAAAGUAUCCGCUACUCAAGACUAUUAGCAAACUAUUGAACGGAAUUGAUGGAAACCCGGACCCAAUAAUUAUUGAACACCACGUAACUAAAAAGCCAGCACCUGGUUCAACUCCGCAACCGGGUCCCGACCCAACACCCGCUCCAGUGUCACUGCCCACCAAAAAGCCCGGACCUACCCCUCAACCAGGCUCAACCCCUAUAAAAGUGCUAAAUUCAAACAUUUAG